AUCGGUCCAUUGAUAUCGAGUCAAGUCUGCCGCCGCGUCUUGUCGACAUGGACGUCUGGAUAUUGUUGUCCAUCCUGGCAGGCACCGUCGCUGUGUAUUACUACUUCUUCAAGGAUUUAAAUUACUUCAAGAAACAUGGAAUUCUUCACAUGCCGCCGUUACCCAUCGUGGGCAACAUGGGACCGGUUUUCUUCCGGCAAUCGUCGUUGGCUGCGCUCGUCAAAAAAAUCUACAAUCUGAACCAAAAUGCCAAGUACGUUGGUUUCUUCGAUGGUAUGAAUCCGGUAGUGGUAAUUCGUGAUCCGGAACUCAUCAAGUCCAUCGGUAUCAAACACUUCGAAUCGUUCACCGAUCAUCGCGCUUUUAUUGACGAAGUGAACGACCCGCUGACCGGUAAGAAUCUAUUUUCGCUACGCGGUGAGAAGUGGCGAGACGUGAGAACUCUACUGAGUCCCGCUUUCACGUCCAGCAAAAUGAAGAAUAUGUUCACGUUAAUGUCCGAUUGUGCUGCAAAUUUUACUGAAUUUCUGUCCAAAUUACCUUCGGACGAAACUGUGAUGGAAAUGAAGAAUUGCUUUACAAGAUAUACGACCGAUGUGAUUGCAACGUGUGCUUUCGGAAUUACAGUCGAUUCCAUGAGAAAUCCUGACAACGAGUUCUAUGUUUAUGGGAAAGCUACAAGUUUCAACACAUGGCGCACUAUAAAAUUCUGUAUAAUAAGAAGUUGUCCUCUCCUCACCAAAAUGGUGGGCCUCAAAUUUGUCAGUAAUUCCGUAGCUGUAUUUUUCAAGAAUCUUGUACAAAACACAAUAAAAGCCAGAGAUGCGCAGAACAUCGUACGACCGGAUAUGCUGCAACUGAUGAUGGAAAGCAGAGGAAAAAGAGGACCUGGAAAAGAAUUAACUAUUGAAGACAUGACUUCGCAAGCUUUUAUAUUUUUCUUAGGCGGUUUUGAUACUAUUUCUGUUACAAUGUGCUUUGCCGCUCACGAACUUGCCGUUAAUCCAGACAUUCAAGCGAGAUUACGCGACGAGAUAGACGAUGUUCUCAAAUCAACAAACGGGACAUUAACAUAUGAGGCUUUAAACACAAUGCAGUAUCUGGACGCUGUAGUUAACGAGACUCUUAGAUUAUGGCCUGUGGGAGUGUUUUUAGAUAGAAUGUGUACGCAGGAAUUUGAACUGCCACCAGCGCUUCCCGGCGGCAAACCUUUCGUUGUGAAGAAAGGAAGGAGCAUUUGGUUUCCGGCUUACGGUCUUCAUCUAGAUCCGCAGUAUUGGGAGGAACCUGAGAAAUUUAAUCCUGAUCGAUUUUUCGACAAGAAAAAUAUAAAUUCAAUUGCGUUUAUCCCAUUUGGACUCGGCCCAAAAAUGUGCAUAGGUAACAGAUUCGCGGUAUUGGAAGUCAAAGUAUUGCUGUUUCAUCUGUUGGCUCGUUGCGAAUUAAAGCCGUGCGAAAAAACUAAUCACCCAUUGCAGUUGAGCAAGGCAAACUUUGCUUUGCAACCGGAGAAUGGAUUCUGGCUGAAAAUUCAACCAAGAAGCGACAUAAGUGUUACGUCUACUGAUACGGCCAAUGAUCACAUUUAAAAAUAUGAUAGUGAGAUUCUUUUUUAAAUUUGUUGUGAUGCAGAUUUAAAUUAGACAAUAUGUGGAAAACAAAUGUGUGAGUUUUUUGUAGCGUGUGUCAAUGAAUAACGUGUCCAAUCAAUAACAGCAGAUCAAGGAAUAUAGUGUGUGUUUAACACACUUUAUUAAACAAGUGUGUAAAACAUUUUACUAAACAUCGCAUGUGCUUUAUUGUAUCAAAUGCUGUUGUGCAAAUAAAAUAAAUAUUCUUAAGCACGACAGAAGCGGAAUAAAGUUAACUAACAAAAAAAUAAUCAUAAUAAUUGUUAUAUUUAUACAAGUUUGAGCUUGCUGUUAAAUUGUUGAAAAAAUAUACUAUUUUCUCGAUCUUUAUCUUCCGUUACAUUUUUUUAUACAAUCUAAAUAUGUACUUCUACAAUAUAAAUUUUACAUGUAUAAUUAGUAACUAGUUUUGUAGAAUAAUACGUCUUAUAAUUACACUAUACGUAAUGCAUGUGUUUUCUAGUGUAUAUUUGUUUUUCAUAAUAUGAGAGAAAUGUUUUAUAAUACAUUAAAAAUAUGUGACGAUAAAAUAGGUUUUAAAAGUGCAAUAAGUCGUAUAUCUUAUAUAACAAUGUGAUAGCUUUGUUGAAAACGUCAUAAAGAAAUUAAAUCAAUUGGGUGAUAUCAGAGUGAAAUAGUGUCAACUACAUACAUGCACUUGACUGAAGUCAAGGUUAUAACGAAUAUAACAGAGACAGUCAUAUGUCUGACUCCGAAACCAAGCUAAUCAGCUACUCGUAGUCUUUCUGUUAGUACGCAAUAUAUACCAUCUGUACGAUAAAUUUACUGAUAAAUGCGUAUUACACAUUGUUAUUUCUUUCCACAAAUAUUUCUACAUAUUUUAAUAUACUGACAAUAUCAAUAAAAACGCACCGAAAAAUAAACAAUAAAUUAAAAAACCAUUAAAAUAAGUUUCAAUAAGUAUAAAUAGUACUUUGUAGAUUCUAUUGUAUACUUAUACAUUGUUCUUGUCAUUAAAAAUUUUUAUCAACAGAUCAA